UAGGUUACACGGUAACCAUCCCCGAUUCUCUUGUGAUUAGCCCCUACACACAGAAAAAAAAAAAAGAACCACCUUGAUGGCUACUUUGGCGGCGGUUGCAGCUCGUAGAAUAGCGACUGUAGCUCGAACACCACCUCCCUGUAAAGCCGCUUCUCUCAUUCCUCGCCGGGGUCUCGCCGGCGCUGCAGAUCACCAUGGGCCCCCAAAAGUUAAUUGUUGGCAAGAACCAAUGAACCCAGCUAAUUGGAAGGAAGAGCAUUUUGUUAUCGUCUCUUUAACUGGUUGGGGUCUGGUUUUCUAUGGCGGAUACAAGUUCUUAACUAAAGGCAAAGGCAAGAAAGAAGAGAACACAGUGGAAACGGCAAAGAAAUGAGGUUGGAGCUUUUAAUUUUUACAAUAUUCCCAGUAAUAAUUUGUGGCUAGAACUUCUAUGCCCUUAGGAUAUUGUUUUUUUCUUUUAUUGGCGAGGAAAUCUGUUUUCCUGUUCAUCAUUUCUUUUUUACUAAGAGAAUGGUGAAUGAGCAAAAUUGGAGGUUAGUUUCAGUGAACACACUGCCUGAUUUGUUGGCUAGCCCUGUUGAUAAUGGGAAGUAACAGUUUUGAAGACUCAAAAUCUGUUGAUGAAUUUGAAAAGAAAUGAACAAUGCUUUUUUGCA